AUGCCCCUGACCAGUUGCCCCUCACCAUUUUCCCAUCAGCAGUUGCCCCUCACCAAUUGCCCUUCUUCUGGUGCCCCUCACCAGUCACCCCUCACCAUUUGCUCUUCUCCUGGUGCCCCCUCACCAGCUGCCCCUCACCAUGUGCCCCUCACCAUGUGCCCCUCACCAGUCGCCCCUCACCAAUUGCCUUCUCCUGGUGCCCCUCACCAAUUGCCCUUCUCCUGGUGCCCCUCACCAGCCGCUCCUCGCGGUUCCCCCUCACCGGGCGCCCCCUCAGGACUGUCCACGCGCCGCCUCCCCUCAGCUCACCCCCGCUGUCCUCCCUCUUCCCAACAGGGCAGGAUUUUUGAGAAGAUGGAGCUGUGCAGCAGCCAGGCCGUCAGGCGCUUCGCGUUCUCGGGCUGGAGGCUGGGCCCGGCGCCGGGGGUGCGGCAGGAGGAGGCGCAGCUGGGGCGAGUGCCCGUGAGGCUGUACCGGCCCCGCGCCCGGUCCCGCGCCGCCCUGCUGCUGUUCCACGGCGGGGGCUGGAUCUGCUGCGGCCUCGCUACGGCCGGCACCGGACCCGGCACCGAUUCCCAUGAAAGGAUCUGCCAGUACAUUGCCAAGGAAAGCGGUUCUCUGGUGGUGUCUGUGGGAGGCUACAAACCACAUAAGCCCUGUGAAUUCAAGCCUGAAGUUUUUGAGAAAGUGAAGAGAAUCUGUGAGCUCACCCUAUGCCCAUUGUUGGCUGAAGACACAAUUAUUCACCAGCUGCCAGAAUCUUUCAUCCUGACCUGUGAGUGCGAUGUGCUGAGGGACGAUGGCUUGUUGUACAAGAAGAGGCUGGAGGACAACGGGGUUCCAGUGACCUGGUACCACCUUGACGAUGGAUUCCAUGGAAUUGUAAACCUGUUUGAUUAUCGUGGUUUGCCAUUUCCAUCUGGGAAAAGGGGAUUGGACAGGGUUGUUGCAUUUAUAAAAGGCCUGUAAAAAGUACUCUCCCUCAGUAUGCUUAUCCCACUAAUCUCUCUGCUUAGGGUCUCACACCUCAGGUAGUGCAGGUCAGCAAGAAUGUGACACCUUUUGAUGUGUAAAAUACUAAUUCUGAUAUCCUUGAACUUCAAAUUAACACAGAUCUUUUCCU